GAUCUUUGUGUUUUGUUUCUCAGGGUAGAGGCAGAUACUAGGCAGCAGUCUCUUCAGUUCAUCUGUGCUCAUCAUGUCUAAGGAGGAGGUUGUCAAGGCUGGUGAUAGUUCAUUUUCCUCUGAUAAACAUGCCCAGCUCAUCUUGGCCCAGAUCAACAAAAUGAGAGAUGGAAAGCAUUUCUGUGAUGUGCAGCUACAAGUUGGGAAGGAAACCUUUCAAGUUCAUCGGCUGGUUCUGGCUGCCAGUAGCCCAUACUUUGCUGCUCUGUUCACUGGAGGAAUGAAAGAGUCCUCAAAAGAUGUGGUAGAGAUUCUGGGAGUUGAACCUGGAAUCUUUCAGUUACUUCUAGAUUUCAUUUACACAGGAUUAGUGAGCAUAGCUGUGACUAAUGUUCAGGAGCUGAUUGUCGCAGCAGACAUGCUACAGCUGACUGAGGUUGUUAACCUUUGCUGUGAUUUCCUGAAAGGACAAAUUGACCCACAGAAUUGCAUCGGACUCUUUCAGUUCUCUGAGCAAAUAGCUUGCCAUGAUCUUUUGGAGUUUACAGAAAACUAUAUUCACGUGCAUUUCUUGGAGGUUCACAGUGGGGAAGAGUUCCUGGCACUUACAAAAGAUCAGCUGAUCAAGAUCCUACGAAGUGAGGAGCUCAGCAUUGAGGAUGAAUACCAGGUCUUCUUAGCUGCAAUGCAGUGGGUGCUGAAGGACCUGGGAAGGAGAAGGAAAUAUGUGGUGGAAGUAUUAGAUCCAAUUCGGUUCCCUUUGUUACCAUCUCAGAGGCUCUUAAAGUACAUAGAAGGACUGUCUGAUUUUAAUCUUCGAGUUGCACUGCAAACACUUCUGAAAGAGUACUGUGAGGUCUGCAAGUCUCCCAAAGAGAACAAGUUUUGUAGUUUUCUGCAGACAUCUAAAGUUCGACCUCGGAAGAAAGCAAGAAAGUACCUGUAUGCAGUAGGUGGAUAUACACGGUUGCAGGGGGGCCGAUGGAGUGAUUGCCGAGCCCUUAGCUGUGUCGAACGUUUUGAUACCUUUAGCCAGUACUGGACCACUGUGUCUUCACUUCAUCAGGCUCGGUGUGGGCUUGGAGUAGCAGUUUUGGGAGGGAUGGUCUACGCUAUUGGAGGUGAAAAGGAUUCGAUGAUUUUUGACUGUACUGAGUGUUACGAUCCAGUUACUAAACAGUGGACAAUUGUGGCUUCCAUGAACCACCCCCGCUGUGGCCUGGGCGUGUGCGUGUGUUACGGGGCUAUCUAUGCUCUGGGUGGGUGGGUUGGAGGUGAGAUUGGCAACACCAUUGAACGAUUUGAUCCUGAUGAAAAUACAUGGGAAGUUGUUGGCAACAUGGGAGUGUCGCGGUACUACUUUGGGUGCUGUGAAAUACAAGGUUCAAUUUAUAUAGUUGGAGGAAUCAACAACGAGGGACUAGAGCUUCGUUCUUUUGAAGUCUAUGAUCCACUUUCCAAGCGCUGGUCUCCACUUCCUCCCAUGGGGACCAGGAGAGCAUAUCUUGGGGUGGCAGCACUCAGUGACUGCAUCUAUUCCAUUGGAGGGUGGAACGAGACACAGGAUGUCCUUCAUACUGUGGAAAAGUACUCCUUUGAAGAGGAAAAGUGGGUUGAGGUUGCUCCGAUGAAAGUGCCUAGAGCAGGCAUGUCUGUGGCAGCAGUCAACGGUCUCCUGUAUGUUUCCGGAGGCCGAUCUUUCAGCCAUGAUUUCUUGGCCCCAGGUACCUUGGACUCAGUUGAAGUUUACAACCCUCAUUCUGAUACUUGGACAGAAAUUGGUAAUAUGAUCACUAGUCGUUGUGAUGGGGGCAUUGCUGUGCUAUGACACAGAAAGCACAAAAGCACAAGGGACAUUUUGAAAACGUAGGUUCUGACCUUUUGUAGAUCAAACAUGUAUUUGUGAUACGACCCUCUAAUUAUUUCGAGUAUCCCAUGUAUUGAAUAGGUAGAUGAGUAACGAGUGAUUUUUCUUUUUC